AGCCACAGCACACCUUCAGAUGGAGAUGAAGUAACAGAGGCGGCAGAGCGACACUAGGACGAAAGAACCGGACGGUUGUUUUUCUCCUCCUCCUCAGCUUAGUGGGGGAAACAGGUGACCGAACCGGAGCCCAGCACCCCCCCUCUCCCUCCCUACCGCGCGCACCUUACUCCUCCAUCUACAUGCAUCUGGAGCUGAGCCUCUGAAGCCGACGCACACCAACAUGGAUAAUGCACACACUAAGUCUGCGAGCGAAGUUUUAGAGCACUUCGGCGUGAACGAAAACACUGGACUGACUCCGGAUCAGGUCAAAGUCAAUCUGGAAAGAUAUGGACCGAACGAGCUUCCAGCUGAAGAAGGCAAGUCCUUGUGGGAGCUGGUGGUGGAGCAAUUUGAGGACCUCCUGGUCAGGAUCCUGCUGCUGGCUGCCUGCGUCUCCUUUGUGAGUACCAGCUAAUUAAACUGCCAGUGGCUCU